GCUCAGCUGAAAUGAUAGAGCCUUGCUUCCGCAGCUUGCAGGUCAUUUCUUCCUCCUGGAGGGGAAGUCUUUCUGGUUAAGGUUUGCCACCCUGAAGGAAGAGUAGUCUGUAACUCUCCCUGCAGAACCUUAACUCUCUGGUGAGGUGCAGAUCUCUCACAGCAUACCUGAAGUCAACAAUGUUUUCCAAGCUCACCCGCCCGCAGAGCCUCGCUGUUCUGUGCCGAGGUGUUCAUGCUUCGCUGAGUUCUGCUACCUCAGUUGCUACCAAAAAAACAGUUCAAGGACCUCCGUCCUCUGAUUACAUUUUUGAACGUGAGGCUAAAUAUGGGGCCCACAAUUACCACCCGCUGCCUGUGGCUCUGGAGAAGGGAAAAGGUGUUUAUGUGUGGGAUGUUGAAGGCAGAAAGUAUUUUGACUUUCUAAGCGCUUACAGUGCUGUUAAUCAAGGCCACUGUCACCCAAAGAUCGUGAGUGCUCUGAAAGCUCAGUCUGAAAAACUGACCCUUACCUCUAGAGCAUUUUACAACGAUGUGCUUGGUGAAUAUGAGGAGUUUGUCACCAAAAUGUUCAAUUAUAACAAAGUUCUUCCAAUGAACACAGGAGUGGAAGCUGGAGAAACUGCCUGUAAGUUGGCUCGGAAGUGGGCAUAUGUUGUAAAGGGCAUUCCGAAAUACAAAGCAAAAAUUAUUUUUGCAGCUGGCAACUUCUGGGGAAGAACAAUGUCUGCUAUCUCCAGUUCUACAGACCCAUCGAGUUAUGAUGGAUUUGGACCCUUUAUGCCAGGUUUCGAAGUGAUCCCAUACAAUGACCUACCAGCUCUUGAGCGGGCACUUCAAGAUCCCAACGUAGCGGCUUUCAUGGUUGAACCAAUUCAAGGUGAAGCAGGCGUGGUUGUUCCUGACAAAGGUUAUCUCACGGGAGUGCGGGACCUCUGCACAAAGCACAACGUUCUGUUUAUUGCCGAUGAAAUACAGACAGGUUUAGCCAGAACAGGAAAAAUGCUAGCUGUUGACCAUGAAAAUGUGAGACCUGAUAUAAUUCUUCUUGGAAAGGCCCUUUCUGGUGGCUUAUAUCCUGUCUCAGCAGUGCUGUGUGAUGAUGAAGUUAUGCUGACCAUUAAGCCUGGUGAACACGGAUCUACAUAUGGAGGAAAUCCGUUAGCCUGUCGUGUUGCAAUAGCAGCUCUGGAGGUAAUUGAAGAGGAAGGCUUGGCUAAAAAUGCAGAAAGAAUGGGUAACAUAUUAAGAAAUGAGCUCAUGAAGACACCAUCUGAUAUUGUGACUUGUGUCAGAGGAAAAGGACUGCUCAAUGCAAUUGUAAUCCGGGAAACCAAAGACUACGAUGCCUGGAAGGUGUGUCUGCGGCUUCGCGAUAACGGACUUCUUGCCAAACCUACCCACGGUGAUAUCAUCCGUCUGGCACCGCCUCUGGUGAUUAAGGAGGAUGAAAUCAGAGAGUGCAUCGAAAUAAUUCAUAAGACCAUUCUGUCUUUCUGAAAAUGUGGCUUUUAAAGAGUAUCUGCUGACUGACCCGAGCUGGUGUGUUGUUAUAUGUGCGAUGAAGCCUGCACGUGAAGCAAGCAUCUUUAAUUCCUUUUAUCUAAGAGGACUUAAGUCUUUAAAAACAGGAAAAAAAAAGAAAAAAAAAAAAGCUAUGUCUUUUAUUUUCUUCAGAGCCAUUAUAAUUUAAUAAUGAUUUUAAAGAGCUUCCAAUCUUGGAAUACGUGGAGAUGAAGUGAUGAGGUUCUGUUCAUCUAGUCGAAACUUAACCAAACUGAGUCAGAGUGUUUGAGGGGGGCACAUCUGUACAAAUCUGCUUAAUUAUUGAAAGUCUUGGCCAAAGUUUAGAGUAUAACUUAUAUACAUAUAUAUAUAUAUAUAUAUUUAGUAAGGGUGCUCUUGAGCUUUCAGAACUCUCCCAGGCAUCACAUUUGGUAUUUUUGCCUCUUGGUGAGAUGCUUGUAGUGGGGAAGCGCUUGCCAUUAUGGUAGAAUUUCUGUUUUUCAUUUACAGAUAGAAAAAAAAACAAUGCUGAAGAUUUCACAAACUGGGUGUUGUGCUGGUGAUCUUGACAAGCAUCAGGCUGUGUUCCGUGUGUAAAGCAUUUUGGUUUUAUAACUCGAGUUGCUGUUCUCAAGACUGGUCUCGGUGUUUGGCUUUGCAAUCUUGUAAAAUAGAUCUGAGUAUACAGAUCUGUUUUUACUGUUACAGAACUUCCUAUAAUCUGGAUGUUUCUAUUAAAACAUGCCUUGCUUUAAAAAGAAAAAAAA